GUCUUAAAGCCCUACGAUGCCAUCAGGCCGUAUCGCCUGGAGAUGACCUCCAAGCUGAAAGGCAAAACAAUGUAUGACCUGUGGGGUGAUGCCAUUACCGAAGCACUGGCCAAGGAUCUCAAAGCCAGCAAGGCCAAGUUCCUUGUCAACUGCGCCUCUCAGGACUGUGCAACCAACUUCAUGGUUGACGUCAGCAUUCAUAAGGUUGCUAGCCUGCUCGCGAUGACUGCGCAGCUUGCAUUCCUUCUUGUGACAGCACUGCUUGCCGCGGCAGCAGCGGUCAUUGCGGCUGGCGUCUCCCGGACUUCCACGCAAUCACUGUCCUUGGCACUGGCAAGGCUGGGCUACAAGACCCUCCAUGCAGAAGGUUUUCAUCCGAAGCUGCAGCUGGCACGGGAAGCUCCUGACAUCGUGGACCGCAUCACCAAGGCCGCUCGACGUUCAUUUGCAGAGCAGAGCUUUGAGGUUCUUGUGCCUACGCUGGAACAGCUGGAGAUGUUCAACGUAACGGCGUUGGUGGACAUCCCCUGGUCGGAGUAUGGGGUCGAGCUUCACUCACGAUACCCCAAUGCCAAGGUCAUUGUCACCGUCCGCGAGAAAGAGUCCUGGUUUCGCAGCUACUGGGAGCAUUUUCGCUGGGGUGCCCUGCUGCCCCCCCCUCCGUUCCCAUCUUUUCCAAUCACGCAGCCCUUCCCCUUGACAAUUCUCUACCAGCCCUUUGCGCAGUACUGGCGGCUUGUCUCACAAAGGCUAGGCUGCGGCGCAGUGACACGGUUCCCGCCAUGGCCGCUCUCAGGGGACGAGAAGCAAGCGUGCCUCGACGGCUUCGAAGAUCACGUGCAGCGGCUUAGACAGGCCGUCCCGCCAGAGUCGCUGCUGAUUUACAACAUUUGGGAAGGGUGGGAGCCCAUCUGCCGCUUCUUGGGGAAGCCCAUCCCGGAGGAGGUUGGUCCCUGGACGUUUGUCGCCUUCGCAUACCUCUGUUACGCCCUGCCGGUCUUGGCUUGUGGUCUCAUUCUGCGGGGCUGUGCUCGCCGGCUCCGCCCAACUAAGCCACUCAAACAGGUUGCCAGGUCCACGCUGAAAGCGGGAGUACAGGCCGUGACCUGUGACUUCGCGGGACCUUCGAGCCUUGUGAAACAGGCGCGUGGUGCGAUGUGCAAGUACAUCGUUCAGAAGCGAGUCAAAGAUCCCAACGGUUUGAAGAAGUUUACAGGAGAUGAGAAGAACAGGUUUGCAUUCAACGCUGCAAAGUCCAGCAACAGCAAGCUUGUUUUCACUCGCGGAGGUGCCAAGAAGAGGAAAGCUGUGGAGGCACCAGGGCAGAAGCGCAGAAGGAUCUGA